CCUCGAUGACGUCACACAGGAGGUAGAACAAAACAAGACGUUGUAUUGGUUAUUAUGGUUUCUAGGUCUUAAUUACAACGUACAUGUGCACAUGUGUGUCGUUUAACAGAGUAAACGUCCUUAUUAAUUGUUUGUAUGCGGAUACAUUAGUCUGAGUGCACUUUGACGUGCUAGCCUAGCCUGCUGGUUAGCUUAGCUUGUUAGCUGCUAACAAAGAGAGGCGGAAGUGAUCGACACAUCAAAGCAGAGAUCCAAUACGUCUGUGAAGAACAUCUUCACCCUGAGCAACAGAAGUGCAGCUUCAGGAUGCGGACGGAGGAGCCACAGCCCUCCCACAUUAAGAAGGAAGAGAAAUACCUACUGAUGCCCCAUUUUAAAAAGGAAGAGGAGGACCCACUGACACCCCGAUUUAAAGAGGAGAUGGAGGACCCACUGACCCCUCACAUUCAAGAGGAAGAGGAAGAGCACAGCAUCAGUCAGCAGAGAGAGCAUCUUGAAGGACUGGAGGAGGUUGAUGUCACCAAGAUGCCAGUGACUGGUGUCCCUGUGAAGAGUGAAGAUGAUGAGGUGAAAGGUGAAAGUGAGGAGAGGGGAGGGGGGGAGCCUCCAAGCAGCAGCUCAACACAACACAUGACAACAGAAGCUGAUGGAGACCACUGUGGAGGAUCACAAGCAGACAAGCUCUUAGCUCCACUAUCAGAUAGUGAGGACACAACGUCACACUCUCCUGACACUGAUGAUGAAGACUCUAAAGAUGAUAAGACAUGUCACACUGACAACACUCACUUCACAUCUUCUCACUCUCACAAAACUUUUAAAUACCAAAGUCGUCUGAAAAGACACAUGAGAACACACACUGGAGAAAAACCUUUUCAUGUUUUAUCUGUAGUAAAGAUUUUACUAAAAGACAAAAUUUGAAAAGACACAUGAGAACACACACUGGAGAAAAACCUUUUUCAUGUUCAAUCUGCAGUAAAGAUUUUACGCAUUGGCACAAUUUGAAAA